AAGUAUUAAUAGACGAUCGAAUAUGGUGCGCUCCGUACCGCGAACUUGGUCUGCUCGGAACAAUAUUCGAUGGUGUGUACAGCGGUCCGCCGGACAAUAUUAUUAUUAUUGACGGUGCGGUGGUUCGAUGAUUCUCCCAAAGGAUAUGGUGCGGUCCGCACCAAAUUCGCUCGUGUAGACGGGCCACCGCACCGUUCCGAGCGUUAGUCGCGGAUCUACAACCGAGCGAGACACACGUCACAAUGUCGUCUGAAUCCGUAAAUAUAGCUGAAAAACAAUUAAUAGUGGAAGUGUUAGAACUUUACAAAGGUUUUCCGUGUUUGUGGGAUUCAAGUCACGAACUUUACUGCAACAAAGAUGCCCGCAGUCAAGCGUUACAAAUAAUUUUAGAUAAAUGGAAAACGGGUUACCCGCAGGCUACUACAGAGGAAGUUAAAAAAAAACUGGAACACCUUAGAGCUGCGUAUAGACGUGAACGAAAGAAGGUGGAAUCCAGCAAAUCAACUGGAGCUGGGUUGGGAGACGUGUACACGCCGUCCCUGUGGUACUAUCCAUAUUUGACAUUUCUUCAUGAGAAGACUAUGCCGGUAUCCCAGGGAAUCGAUAAUAUACAAGGAACUCCAGAUUCAGAUAGCGAGGAACCUGUAACAAAAAAGGUAAAGAGUUCAACCAAGCGGCAAAAUGAACUGUACAAGAAACAAGAAGAACUGAUUCAGUCUGCGGCAGAAUUAAUCAAAGACAGCAACUCGCAGGACACCUCAGCCGAUGCCUUUGGACGCUCAGUGAGCUUUCAGUUGAAAGAAUUACCAAAAGUUCAAAGAUGCAUAGCCGAAAAAAUAAUUGGAGAACUACUGUUCUACGCUAAAUUAGGAGAGCUUACUUUAGAUACUUCCAUAAACUUUAAAAAAAACAUACAUACUGCCACACAAUACUCCUACUACACCCACCCUUAUAGAAGCCAUAUUUAUCCGCAUCAUGCAUUCCCGUCCUCAACGUCUCCUCAAUAUUCACAAACAUCACAGUCACCUAAAUAUUCACACACAUCAUCUGAACAAUCGCAACCAUCACAGUCUCCUCAACAUUCAAUAAACUUAAAUAAAAACUUACAUACUGGCACACAAUCCUCAUACCACACUCACCCAUAUAGAAACCAUUUAUAUCAGCAACAUUCAUUACCGUCCUCACCAUCUCCUCAAUAUAUACAACAACCAUCCCCGUCUCCUCAAUAUUCACAACCAUCACCGUCCCCUCAAUACAUACAACAACCAUCCCCGUCUCCUCAGUAUUCACAACCAUCACCGGCACCGUCCCCUCAACAAUCGACACCCUCUCUACCACAAACACCGGCAGAUUCGAUUACUCUUCAUUCAGCAGACACACAUUUGAGUCAAGUUUUAUUACCAGCUGACACUCUACUUGAGUUGACCCCAAGUGGGGAAACACAACAUAAUGAGCCAGACACUAGAGGAAGUGGUAAUAUGGAUGUUUUUAGGGGCACAGGAAAACAACUUCAAGAAUUCUUGAUUUUUAAAAAAUAAUUACCUAUGUAAAUGUGUACACACAUAUGUGGCAUUAUCUAUGAAAAGGGACCUAGAUUAUGAAUACACUAAUAACUCAAUACCGACAACAAGGUCCCUACUCGUGGAUAAUGCCACAUAUUUUGAUUUUAAAUAAAAAAUAGUAUGAA